UCACAAUUCUUGGAAAUUAACGUCAAAUGUAGUCCAACCUUCUCCGUACAUUGAAAGAACUUACAGGGGACUUUCACAGGCCUCAUACAAAACCUUCACGGGAUACUAUUUAGGUUUCCCUAAAGUACCUCGGAAGACAAAAUUCAGCAUGGAUUCAGAAUUCUAUUGGAUACCAGCAGCUGUUGUCGUAGUCGUACUGGCUAUUAUAUGGUGGCUUGAACCAGGAACGUUUCAUUGUCGUACAGCACCGCGUGGUUCGAGGAUGACUGUAACUGCUAACGAUGGCGGUAAAUGUGAAACGUCUAUGGCAUUCGGAUCAAUUGGAGACGAUGGUAAGCCUUUGCCAGAUGGAGCAACUGUUGACGUGGCAGCCAACAAAGGAGGAGGAGUGAGCACAUAUGCGUUAGCUGCGUGGAAAAUUACAGAGAGGGGUUUUCAAACUGCCUGGCAAGCGGUAAACUCAGCAGCAAAAGCUGUUGUAGGUCCAGGGCGAUACAAGAUGGAAGCGGUUCCACGAGGACUGUGCCUAAUAAUAAACAACAUAAAUUUUGAAGGAGAAAUUCCAUCACUUCACUCUGCUCAGGAAAUAGCAGAACCAUUGAAGGAGUUAUUCCAAAAGUUUCACUUCAAGAUAUUAUACAGGAAAGACAAGUCGGCAAAUGGCAUGAUGGAAGAAGUUCGCUUUGUGGCGGGGAAGGAUCACAGUCAGUACGACUGUUUUGUCUGCUUUGUACUGACCCAUGGCGAGGAUGGCGUUCUAUUCGGUUCAGAUGGGAAGAAGGUACCCCUGAAGGAGUUCAUCAGCGCUGUUAGUGAUCAACACUGUCCAACGCUUGCAGGGAAACCGAAGUUGUUCUUCGUUGACUCAUGCCGAAGAGGGGAUCCCAUAAAAGCCGCAUUGAAAUCCCUAUCAGAGUAUUUAUCAAGCCCCGAUGAAGAUGGUGACCCUGAACUGAUAGAUUAUUUCGUGGGCUAUUCGACACAGAAGUACAAGAGAGCCUACAGAAAUAAUGAGUCUGGGAACAUCUACACCCAAGAGUUCAUUAGCGUCAUGAUGGACCAAGGCGAGAGGGAGGAUCUGUUGAGCAUCAUGACGAUGGUGAACGAAAAUGUCAGAAAACGAGGUGUCUAUGACCGAGAAGGGGUAAAGUGGAGCCAGUUUCCCGACAUUUGGACCAAACUGAGGAAAAAGCUUUACUUUUGAUGGACACCAUUGCUACACGACCACCCGAUCAUUCAUCAGCUUAAGGAUGAGCAGCCGUUGAAGCCUUGUUUACAAAAUAUAUAAUUUGAUAAAAAUAAUUGAUGUAUACUGACACACAUUGAAAACGCAAAACCAAAUUCAUAAAAAAUGAUUGCAAGAGUUCCGCCAAUAUGACUGACACGUCAAGCGUCACACACAGACCCCCCUGACGUCCGUCAGUAGCGAGUGUGACCUCCCUUAGCCUGUACACAUGCACGGAGUCGACAUUGCAUGGAUUCGCACGAACAUCGAACAGGUGCUUGGGGGAUGUUCUGCCACUCCUGUUGUAAAGCCAGGGUCAACUCAGCGACGUUGUUUGGCUGACGUUGACGUUGACAUUGAUGAAUCCGGGACCAAGCUCAUGUUCAUGUUGCUGCCUGUAGACGCGUUGUCUGCCAUCUGCAAAUGACACACAGAACAUGGACCCAUUGAAAAACACCCACUGGUUGGAGAUUCAUUGUGGUUGGAGGCUAUGUUGCUGUGCAAACAGGAGUCUGUUGACUCGAUGACGUUACGUAAUGACGUUUCCCGAUAUGGCCCCUUAGUGCCACAGCCUGAAGACGUGAAAUGACUGUCAUGGCGCUGAUGUGGCGUCCUACGGUGUUUCGAGGUGAGUUUGCUGCUGUCUGAAAGCGGUUUCUGUGGUGAACUCGUCGGAUGUGCUGGUCUGGACGUGCCGUCGUGACCGGAGUUUGUCCUGGUAAGGGACGGUCACUGACGCUUCCAGUUUGUUGAUGACGAUUCUGGAGUCUGUUGAUGGUGGAUGGGCUCACUCCGAAGUGGUGGGUGACCUCAUUUUGUGAUGUUCCCACCAACAGCAUCCCGAUAGCUUGUUCCCUCUGCUGUUCACUGAGCCGUGGCAUUUUGUGACUGCUAGUGAAACGGUUGAACCAUAGUGCCUUUUAUGCGUCCAAAACCUGGCUUUGCAUGUGUAUGUCAUGAUGAUCAUGCACCCCAACAGGUCCAAGGAAUAUGCCAGAGUUGUGUUUUCAUGAACUGUACCCAUGACAGAAACACGAAAAGGGUUCGGACCCAGAUGUGCAUAUGGUUUUAUUCGGCAACCUCACAUCACUAUAUUUUCGUGUGGUAAAUGAAAUUGCUUCACAAAACUUUGUUAGAAAUUGCAAAAAUGGGUUUUGCUUUUUCAAUGUGUGUCAGUAUAUAUUUUGCAUGCAAAACGUAAUAAAAUCAUGAAUUUUGAUACAGUCGUAAAUCUUGCAGGGUAUUUUUCAUUUGUUUUCACAACUUGCACCAAAUUCAUCAAAAGAGAAUAAUUCAGUUUGCACCAACGGGAUAUCGGUUGUACUGCGUUAUAACAAUGUUCCGAUAUCGGUGACAACAAACGAUUCCUUAGGAGCAGACCGAGAGGGAUAUCCAUGGUCAGUAUCUCCAAUACUGUCCACGAUACUGUCAACAAUACUGUCCUCAAUACUGUCCACAAUACUGUCCACGAUACUGUACACGAUACUGUUCACGAUACUGUACACGAAACUGUACACGAUACUGUCAACAAUACUGUACACAAUACUGUCCACAAUACUGUCAACAAUACUGUCCACAAUACUGUCAACAAUACUGUCCACAAUACUGUACACGAUACUGUCCACAAUACUGUACACGAUACUGUCCACAAUACUGUC